CACACAUUGCCAAUUCUUCAUCAUCCAAAAAACCAACAAACACAUUAAACAAACCAAAGCACUCUCGCUUUUACUACUACUAUUAUUCUUUCUAUUUUCUGAAUAAUCACUAUGUCGAUAAUUCCAAGUGUGUUCGGCACAGGACGAAGAACCAACGUAUUCGAUCCAUUUUCUCUAGACUUAUGGGAUCCAUUCCACAACUUCUCACUCGCAACAUCCGCCACCGGAACCACCAACAACACGGCGGCUUUUGCUAACGCACACAUUGACUGGAAGGAAACACCGGAGGCUCACGUGUUCAAGGCUGAUCUUCCGGGAGUGAAGAAGGAAGAAGUGAAAGUUGAAAUAGAAGAAGAUCGUGUGCUCAAGAUAAGUGGAGAGAGGAAAAUUGAAAAGGAAGACAAGAACGACACUUGGCAUCGUGUUGAACGUAGUCAGGGGAGUUUCCUCCGCCGUUUCUGGUUGCCGGAAAAUGCUAAGGUGGAUCAUGUGAAGGCUGCUAUGGAGAACGGUGUGCUUACUGUUACUGUUCCUAAAGAAGAAGUUAAGAAGCCCGAAGCUAAGCCCAUUCAGAUUACGGGCUGAGCCCUUAUCCUAAGUAUUGCUGUUCCCUUUGAUGUUUGUGUCUCUUAAUAAAAUGUUAAAGUAAAAUAAUUAAUAAUAAUGGUGUGUAGUGGUGUUCCAGCUUUAGGAGAUUGAGACAUCUAUGUAUGUUCUUGGCUAUGACGAUAAUUUAGCAGUUUGUGAGUGUUAUGUUCUCUUA